AAAAAAGAGAGAGCCAGAUGCCGCUGCCGCUCUCCCUCGCGACGACUUGUUGUUUGGAUCAAUCGGUUGAAUCUGCACUUUGGACUUUCUCUUGGAUCUUUGAUUUCAAGCACUAUCACCAUUACCAGUGGGAAUCAAGAUCUCACAGUGCACGGUUUAUAAACUUUGAACAAGAUGAUUAACACGGGAAAAUUAGCAGGCAGGACCCUGUUCAUCACGGGUGCAUCGCGAGGAAUCGGCAAGGAGAUUGCUUUGAAAGCGGCACGCGAUGGAGCCAACAUUGUGGUGGCGGCCAAGACAGCGGAACCGCAUCCAAAACUGCCGGGAACCAUCUACACGGCAGCUGAGGAAAUCGAGAAGGCCGGAGGAAAGGCCCAUCCUUGUGUGGUGGACGUGCGGGAUGAGCAACAGGUACGAAGUGCUGUAGAGGCAGCAGUGGCCAAGUUCGGAGGCAUCGACAUCGUGGUGAACAACGCCAGUGCUAUUUCGCUGACGAACACCCCAAAUACGGACAUGAAGCGCUACGAUCUGAUGCACAACAUCAACACCCGUGGAACCUUUUUGGUGUCCAAGGAAUGCCUGCCCUAUCUGAAGAAGAGCAACCACGCCCACAUCCUCAACAUCUCACCGCCAUUGAGCAUGAAGGCCAAGUGGUUUGGACCCCAUGUAGCCUACACAAUGGCCAAGUACGGCAUGUCCAUGUGUGUUCUUGGCAUGGCUGCCGAAUUCCAGGACAAGGGAAUCGCCGUAAACGCUUUAUGGCCCCGCACUGCCAUCCACACGGCGGCCAUCGAGAUGCUUACCGGUCCCGACUCCGCCCAGUGGUCUCGCAAGCCGGAGAUCAUGGCCGAUGCCGCCUACGCCAUCCUGAGCCGCGAGCCCAGGCAGUUCACCGGUCAGUUCUUUGUGGACGACGAGGUUCUGGAAUCCGUGGGCGUUACGGAUCUCACGGACUACGCCUGCAUCCGCGAGAAUGCCGACAAACUGAUGGUAGAUUUCUUUGUGGAGGAGAAGGGAGCUCCGUUGGAGGAUGCGGCACCGACAGGAGGCGCCGCUGCAGCUCCGGCAACCGGAGGAAGUCAGAAGAUACCCCAGCUGUUCCAGAAAAUCGAAUCUCUCCUUUCGCCUGAGAUUGUCUCCAAGACGCAGGCCGUCUUCCAGUUUAACAUAACCGGCGCCGAGCAAGGAACCUGGUUCCUAGACCUGAAAAACGGUUCCGGCUCUUGUGGAUCCGGCACACCACCUGCCUCUCCGGACGCCACGCUGUCCAUGAACUCGAACAACUUCUUCGACAUGUUCUCCGGGAAACUGAAGGCGGCUCCUGCCUACAUGACCGGCAAGCUGAAGAUCAGCGGCGACUUCCAGAAGGCCCUCAAGCUGGAGAAGCUAAUGAAGGCACUAAAGUCCAAGCUGUAGAAGGAGUUAAAUUACAGACUACUUUUUUGUUUUAAAAAUUUUGAUUUGAUGUGUUCCCUUAAUAAAUUAUGUAAUUCUUUAAAA